CUAAAACUUGUGACGUUCAAAUUAUGCGACAUAGCGUGUUAUCCGUGAAGGACACGGAGAAUCAAGUGGGGGGGAUUGAUAUGAAAUAACUUCAGAUACAGCUUCGGGUUUUUUCCCUGGAAAUUGUCAUCAUGGCGGUGUUAUCAUUAUCUCGGACUCUGCGCUCACUGGCUCUCUCCCGGCCUGUUUUGUUACCCUACCAGACGGCGGUCCGCUCUCAGGUCUUAUCUCUACGAACCUGCUCUGGCUUAUGGGGCUCAUGUUUAGAACAGUGGAGAGGCUUCCUGACUACAGCCAGUCUGGAGCAGAACAGAACCGCAUGGAAAAACAGGGAGAAGUACACCAUCCGACCUAUUGGCAUGAAGAAGACUGGAGGCAGAGAUCACACGGGGAAAAUUCGUACGCACGGCAUUGGAGGAGGCCACAAACAAAGAUACCGUUGGAUUGACUUCCAGCGUCUCCGCUACCAACCAGGCAAUGAGGAGAAGGCCUUCGAGGAGAAGGUGGUGGAGGUUCGGUACGACCCCUGCAGGUCAGCAGAUAUAGCUCUAGUGGCUGGGGGCAAUAGGAAGCGUUGGAUCAUUGCUACGGAGAACAUGCAAGUUGGAGAUCUCAUUAAAACCUCUGGGACUAUAGGCCGCAUGGCUGUCGCCGCUAAUGAGGGAGACUCGUUCCCCCUGGGAGCUCUUCCCGUUGGAACUCUGAUCAACAACCUGGAGCUGUAUCCCGGGAAGGGAGCCACCUACAUCCGCGCUGCCGGUACAAGCGGUGUGUUACUUCGUAAGGUCAACGGAACAGCAAUUGUCCAGCUGCCAUCAAAACUGCAGGUGCAGGUGAUGGAGACUUGCAUGGUCACAGUGGGACGAGUGUCCAACGUCGACCAUAACAAACGGAUCAUCGGUAAAGCCGGGAGAAACCGUUGGCUUGGCAUUCGUCCCUCCAGCGGCUUGUGGCAGAGGAAAGGAGGCUGGGCCGGACGUAAGAUCAAACCACUUCCCCCCAUGAAGAGUUACGUUAACAUGCCGUCAGUGUCUGCCAACUAACAAAGACUCUGGUGUUUGUCCUCAGCGUCUAUCAAUCUGCAAGGGUUUUAAAACUGUAUUUUGCGAUCUCCGUUGCAUACUCUUCAUGUCCUCUACUCUUUGACUGGGUUUAUAUACAAAAUGUGUACCUUUUUUUUUUUUUACCAGGUUGACUGAGAAAACAUUAACAUCUGGGAGCAAUUAGGGAUAGCUGCCUUGUUCGGGACAUCAUAUUUCUCAAUUUGCUGUCUCUGGGGUUGUUCAGAUGCUUUAGUCACUGGGCUACCUAACCCUCAUUCUCUUCCUAUUUGUUUGGAGAAGGUGACGAGGAUGUGGGGAGUACUACAUUGAGAUCUUUCUAUUGUGAACCCUAAACAGGAUGUUGUUGGCUUAUGAUUCAACAAUAUUGGCAUUACGAAUGCCAUCUUCACCUCUCGCUUAUCUGUUAGUUUAACUGAGGUAGUGAUACUGAAGAGCUUUUCUUGUUAGUGAUGCCUUUGUAAGAUACAAAACUGUCAGUUAUUUGUUCGGCCAAUGGGUGUGACAAUGUUUUGGACAUUACAUUUAAAGUAUUAAAUUGCAUUUUAAUUUGCUUUUUUUAUUGCCAUAACAAUGUGUCAACAGAACAAUAUUAACAAUAGAAAAUUAUAAGGUUAGGCUCCCAAGUCACCCCAUUGUGUGACCGCUGCGUCAUUGCAGACAGGCGUGCUAGUCCUGGAUGUGGCAUACCGACAGUGACCGUGAGUUAGCUCAGUCUAGGCCCGUGUCGGGUGUCGAACAGGGCUACCUUUACUCCUGGUGGUCUAGCGAAUCCUUAUGAUAUUUUGUGCACGCUCAAAGGGUGGUUGUUGUCCAGAAAACAAGCUCUCCUCCAAGUGUGCAUGUACUUGGCGAAAUCUUGGUUUCAGAAAGCAGUAUGAUAAGCAGAAAGGCUUGCUGAGGUAUGAUCUUGUCUCUUCUCAGCAACUCUUUAGCAGUUACAAGGGAGUCAAAGAUUGAGAAGUGUCCUCACAAAACUGGGAUGGGUGAAAAACGGAGUGAAAUCAUUUGUCUACAAUUGCAAUGACAUAAUAAAAUCAACAGUAAUCAAUUUAUAAUGUUAAUGGUCUUGUUAAUGUAAAACAAAUAAUAAUAUAUAGCUAUUGGAUAGACAAUGGACUAGAUCAAAUGGUGAAUAAAGGGAGGUGCUUUAAUACAUGUCUACAUUAUAGAGGAAAAAGCAACAUUCUUAUUCAUUUUAUUGCAUUUAUUGUCACUCACUGUGCCUCUUGUGGCAGGCUGUUAUGAGUCCUUAACUAGUGAAUUUGAGCUUGUCUUAUAGGAUCCCAUCAGGUCUGCGUGUUUGUUGAGGGCAUGAUGUCUCUUCAUAGAGCUCUUUCUCAGCAUUGAAAUGUCUGAAGUAUUGGUCGUGAUGGAGGAAGAAGCAGUGAGGGUUAAAAAAAAGCGGCAAGUUCUGAACCAACUAGGCCUUUAUUUCACACGUGCUAUGUUGAUUUAGUGAUCCCAAUUAAUGAUACAAAUGUAAAAACUACUGUUUUUCAGAAAUACACGCCCAUAGUAAAUAUUGAA